AUGAAACCGGAAGUUGAGCAAGAAUUAGCUCAUAUUUUGCUAACUGAAUUGUUGGCUUAUCAAUUCGCCUCUCCUGUGAGAUGGAUCGAAACUCAAGACGUCUUCUUGAAAGAUUUCAACACCGAAAGAGUCGUUGAAAUUGGUCCUUCGCCAACUUUGGCCGGGAUGGCUCAAAGAACUUUGAAGAAUAAAUACGAAUCUUACGAUGCUGCUUUAUCUUUGCAAAGACAAAUCUUGUGUUACUCUAAGGAUUCCAGAGAGAUCUACUACACCCCAGAUCCAUCCGAAUUAGCUGAAAAGGAAGAACCUGCCAAGGAAGAAGCCUCGGUUUCCACCCCUGCUGCUAGUGCUCCUGCCCCCGCUGCUGUUGCAGCUCCUGUUGCAGCUCCAGCUGCAGCGGUCGCUGAAAUCGCCGAUGAACCCGUCAAGGCCUCUUUAUUAUUGCACGUUUUGGUUGCCCAUAAGUUGAAGAAGCCACUGGAUUCCAUUCCAAUGUCCAAGACCAUCAAAGAAUUGGUUGGUGGUAAAUCAACUGUCCAAAAUGAAAUCUUGGGUGACCUGGGUAAGGAAUUCGGUACUACUCCAGAAAAACCGGAAGAAACUCCUUUAGAAGAAUUGGCAGAAACCUUCCAGGAUACCUUUUCCGGUGCUCUGGGUAAGCAAUCUUCUUCCCUGUUGUCAAGAUUAAUAUCUUCUAAGAUGCCUGGUGGUUUUACAAUCACCGUGGCCAGAAAGUACUUACAAACCCGCUGGGGUUUGCCAUCUGGAAGACAGGAUGGUGUUCUUUUGGUAGCUUUGUCUAACGAGCCCGCUGCUCGUUUAGGCUCUGAAGCUGAAGCUAAGGCUUUCCUGGACUCCACGGCUCAAAAAUACGCCUCCAUUGUUGGUGUUGAUUUGUCAUCUACAGCCAGUGCUGCUGCCGCUGGCCCAGGUGCCGCUACCGGUGGUGCCAUGAUCGAUGCUGGCGCUUUGGAAGAGAUAACAAAGGACCACAAGGUUUUGGCUCGUCAACAACUACAAGUGUUGGCCCGUUACUUGAAAAUGGACUUGGAUAACGGUGAAAGAAAAUUCUUGAAAGAAAAAGACACUGUUUCUGGACUUCAAGCACAAUUGGAUUACUUAAAUGCCGAAUUGGGUGAAUUCUUUGUCAGUGGUGUCGCUACCUCCUUCUCCAGAAAGAAGGCCAGAACUUUUGAUUCCUCUUGGAACUGGGCCAAACAAUCUUUAUUGUCCUUGUAUUUCGAGAUAAUCCAUGGUGUCUUAAAAAAUGUUGAUAGAGAAGUUGUUAGUGAAGCUAUCAACAUCAUGAACAGAUCUAACGACGCUUUGAUCAAAUUUAUGGAAUAUCAUAUUUCCAAUACUGAUGAAACAAAGGGUGAAAACUACCAAUUGGUUAAGACCCUUGGUGAACAGUUGAUUGAAAACUGUAAACAAGUUUUGGAUGUUGACCCGGUUUACAAGGAUGUUGCUAAGCCAAGUGGUCCAAAGACGGCUAUUGACAAGAAUGGUAACAUUACUUUCUCAGAAGAACCAAGAGAAAAGGUCAGAAAACUAUCUCAAUACGUUCAAGAAAUGGCCCUUGGUGGUCCAAUCACCAAAGAAUCUCAACCAACCAUCGAAGAAGAUUUGACUCGUGUUUACAAAGCCAUCAGUACUCAAGCUGAUAAACAAGAUAUUUCUAGCUCCACAAGGGUCGAAUUUGAAAAAUUAUACAGUGAUUUGAUGAAGUUCUUGGAAAGUUCCAAAGAGAUUGAUCCUUCUCAAACCACCCAAUUAGCUGGUAUGGAUGUUGAAGAUGCCUUGGACAAGGAUUCUACCAAAGAAGUUGCUUCUUUGCCAAACAAAUCCACUAUCUCUAAAACAGUUUCUUCUACUAUUCCAAGAGAAACUAUUCCAUUCUUACACUUGAGAAAGAUGACUUCUGCUGGCGAUUGGAAAUACGACCGUCAACUAUCUUCUCUUUUCUUGGAUGGUUUGGAAAAAGCAGCAUUUAACGGUGUCACUUUCAAGGACAAGUACGUUUUGAUUACUGGUGCUGGUAAGGGCUCUAUUGGUGCAGAAGUCUUGCAAGGUUUACUGCAGGGUGGUGCUAAAGUUAUCGUUACCACCUCUCGUUUCUCUAAACAAGUUACAGACUACUAUCAAUCAAUUUAUGCUAAGUAUGGUGCCAAGGGCUCAACUUUGAUUGUUGUUCCAUUCAACCAAGGUUCUAAGCAAGAUGUCGAAGCUUUAAUUGAAUUUAUCUACGACACUGAAAAGAAUGGUGGUCUAGGUUGGGAUCUAGAUGCUAUUAUUCCUUUCGCGGCCAUUCCAGAACAAGGUAUUGAAUUGGAGCACAUUGAUUCUAAAUCUGAAUUUGCCCAUAGAAUUAUGUUGACCAAUAUCUUGAGAAUGAUGGGUUGCGUUAAGAAACAAAAAUCUGCUAGAGGUAUUGAAACAAGACCAGCUCAAGUUAUUCUACCAAUGUCUCCAAACCAUGGUACUUUCGGUGGUGAUGGUAUGUAUUCAGAAUCCAAGUUGUCAUUGGAAACUUUGUUCAACAGAUGGCAUUCUGAAUCCUGGGCCAACCAAUUGACCGUUUGUGGUGCUGUUAUUGGCUGGACCAGAGGUACUGGAUUAAUGAGUGCUAACAACGUCAUUGCCGAAGGUAUUGAAAAGAUGGGUGUUCGUACGUUCUCUCAAAAGGAGAUGGCCUUCAACUUGUUGGGUUUGUUGAUCCCAGAAGUCGUAGAAUUGUGUCAAAAAUCUCCUGUUAUGGCUGAUUUGAACGGUGGAUUACAAUUUGUUCCUGAAUUAAAGGAAUUCACCGCUAAAUUGCGUAAGGAGCUAGUUGAGACUUCUGAAGUUAGAAAGGCAGUUUCCAUCGAAACUGCUUUGGAACAUAAGGUCGUCAACGGCAGUAGUGCCGACGCUGCUUAUGCUCAAGUUCAAGUUCAACCAAGGGCUAACAUUCAGUUAGACUUCCCAGAAUUGAAACCUUACAAGCAAGUCAAACAGAUCGCACCUGCUGAACUUGAAGGUUUAUUAGAUUUGGAGAGAGUUAUUGUUGUUACUGGUUUUGCUGAAGUCGGUCCAUGGGGUUCUGCCAGAACUAGAUGGGAAAUGGAAGCCUUUGGUGAAUUUUCUUUGGAAGGUUGUGUUGAAAUGUCCUGGAUUAUGGGUUUUAUCUCAUACCACAACGGUAAUUUGAAGGGUCGCCCAUACACCGGUUGGGUUGAUUCGAAGACAAAGGAACCAGUUGAUGAUAAGGACGUCAAGGCCAAGUAUGAAACUUCCAUCUUGGAACAUAGUGGUAUCAGAUUGAUUGAAGCAGAAUUAUUCAAUGGUUACAACCCAGAAAAGAAGGAAAUGAUUCAAGAAGUCAUUGUUGAAGAAGAUUUGGAACCAUUUGAAGCCUCCAAGGAAACUGCCGAACAAUUCAAACAUCAACAUGGUGACAAGGUAGAUGUCUUUGAAAUUCCAGAAACAGGAGAAUACUCCGUUAAGUUAUUAAAGGGUGCCACCUUAUACAUUCCAAAGGCUUUGAAAUUUGACCGCUUAGUUGCUGGUCAAAUCCCAACUGGUUGGAGUGCCAAGACUUAUGGUAUUUCUGAUGAUAUCAUUUCACAAGUUGACCCAAUCACAUUAUUCGUUUUGGUUUCAGUCGUGGAAGCCUUUAUUGCAUCUGGUAUCACCGAUCCAUACGAAAUGUACAAAUAUGUUCAUGUUUCUGAAGUUGGUAACUGUUCUGGUUCUGGUAUGGGUGGUGUUUCUGCCCUACGUGGUAUGUUCAAAGAUCGUUUCAAGGACGAACCUGUCCAAAAUGAUAUUUUGCAAGAAUCGUUCAUCAACACAAUGUCUGCUUGGGUUAACAUGUUGUUGAUCUCCUCAUCUGGUCCAAUCAAGACACCUGUUGGUGCCUGCGCUACAUCCGUGGAAUCUGUUGAUAUCGGUGUGGAAACCAUUUUGUCUGGUAAGGCCAAAAUUUGUCUGGUGGGUGGUUACGAUGAUUUCCAGGAAGAGGGUUCCUUUGAGUUUGGUAAUAUGAAGGCCACUUCCAACACUUUGGAGGAAUUCGAACAUGGUCGUACCCCGGCUGAAAUGUCCAGACCUGCUACUACAACUCGUAAUGGGUUCAUGGAAGCUCAAGGUGCUGGUAUUCAAAUUAUUAUGCAAGCCGAUUUAGCUUUGAAGAUGGGUGUGCCCAUCUACGGUAUUGUUGCCAUGGCUGCUACCGCAACUGAUAAGAUCGGUAGAUCUGUCCCUGCUCCAGGUAAGGGUAUCUUAACCACCGCUCGUGAACAUCAUUCCAGUGUCAAGUAUGCUUCACCAAACAUGAACAUGAAGUACAGAAAGCGCCAGUUGGUCACUCGUGAAGCUCAAAUUAAAGAUUGGGUAGAAGAUGAACUGGAAGCUUUGAAACUGGAAGCGGAAGAAAUUCCAACCGAAGAUCAAAACGAGUUCUUGCUUGAGCGUACCAGAGAAAUCCAUAGCGAAGCUGAGAAUCAAUUGAGAACAGCACAGCAACAAUGGGGUAACGACUUCUACAAGAGGGACCCACGUAUUGCCCCAUUAAGAGGGGCUUUAGCCACUUAUGGUUUAACCAUUGACGACUUGGGUGUUGCCUCAUUCCAUGGUACGUCCACCAAGGCUAAUGACAAGAAUGAAUCCGCCACAAUUAAUGAAAUGAUGAAGCACUUGGGCAGAUCAGAGGGUAACCCAGUCAUUGGUGUUUUCCAGAAAUUCUUGACUGGUCAUCCAAAGGGUGCUGCCGGUGCAUGGAUGAUGAACGGUGCCUUGCAAAUUCUAAACAGUGGUGUCAUCCCAGGUAACCGUAAUGCUGAUAACAUCGAUAAGAUCUUGGAGCAAUUCGAGUACGUGUUGUAUCCAUCCAAGACCUUGAAGACCGACGGUGUUAGAGCCGUCUCCAUCACCUCGUUCGGUUUUGGUCAAAAGGGUGGCCAAGCCAUUGUGGUGCACCCAGACUACUUGUAUGCUGCAAUUACUGAAGGUAGAUACAACGAGUAUGCCGCCAAGGUUUCUGCCAGAGAAAAGAGUGCUUACAAGUUCUUCCACAACGGUAUGAUAUACAACAAGUUGUUUGUUAGUAAGGAGCAUGCUCCAUACACCGACGAAUUGGAAGAACAUGUCUACUUGGACCCAUUAGCUCGUGUCUCCAAGGACAAGAAGUCCGGUUCUUUGACUUUCAACUCCAAGAACAUCCAAAACAAGGACAGCUACAUCAACGCCAACACCAUCGAGACCGCUAAAAUGAUUGAAAACAUGACCAAGGACAAGGUUUCCAACGCCGGCGUCGGUGUGGAUGUGGAACUGAUCACCAGCAUCAACGUGGAAAACGAUACUUUUAUCGAGCGCAACUUCACCGCGCAGGAAAUUGAGUACUGUACCGCCCAACCAAGCGCACAAAGCUCCUUUGCCGGCACAUGGUCUGCCAAAGAGGCCGUUUUCAAGUCCUUGGGCGUCAAGUCCCUAGGUGGAGGUGCUGCAUUGAAAGACAUCGAAAUUGUGCGUGUUAACAAGAACGGGCCCGCCGUCGAACUGCACGGUAACGCCAAGAAGGUCGCCGACCAAGCCGGCGUUACCGAGGUGAAGGUGUCCAUCUCCCACGACGAUCUCCAAGCCGUCGCAGUGGCCAUUUCUACCAAGAAAUAA